AUGUUCGGUGAAAGACGAAAGAAAAUGGACAAACCUCCUCACUCAUCAUCUGUUGGUGAAGAACUCGCAAAGGUUCUGCCACAGAGUGACAAGCCGUGGUGGAGGAAAGCAUAUUUGCUCCGCCUCAACCUCGUCCUUCUGGUACCCCUAUUCUCUUCGGCGACUGUGGGCUAUGAUGGUCAUGCCAACCUGGAAAAAUAUUUCAACCACCCGGCCGGCGGGCAACUUGGACUCGUGAAUGCAAUCUUCUUCAUCGGGAAAGUCGUCGGGCUUCCGACGGUUUCCCUGCUGUCUGACAAAAUCGGGCGUCGUAUACCAAUACUGAUUGGUAUCUGCCUCUGUCUUGUUGGGACUGUGAUCCAGACAGCUUCCCUUGACUUUGGCAUGCUGGUAUUCUCUCGCGGCCUGCUUGGAUGUGCCACGGCCUUCAUGUCGCAACCGAGCCCCCUGCUCAUCGCAGAGCUGUCAUUUCCCACCCAUCGUGGGAAAAUCACGGCCAUGUAUCAGACAUUCUUUUAUUUCGGAGCCAUUCUUGCUGCAUGGACGGGCUAUGGAACUGUCAAGCUCGACAAUGACUGGGCAUGGAGAGCAGCAUGUGCGAUCCAAGCCUUUUUUCCCUUUCUGCAACUGGCCUUCUGGCCUUUCCUCCCAGAGUCACCCAGGUGGCUGUUGGCCAACGGCAAAACCGAACAUGCCCGUGCAGUCCUUGUGAAACACCAUGGGAACGGCGACGAAAACUCCCCACUUGUCGAAUUCGAAAUCAAGGAGAUCCAGCAAACCAUCAAAAUCGAAAAGGAAAUCGCUGCUACGUCUAAAUGGAGAGACCUUAUCGCCACGCCUGCCAACCGAAGACGGGUUGCUAUAGCAAUCUCGCUGGGGUUCUUCGCGCAGUGGUGCGGGAAUGGCGUUGUGUCCUACUAUCUCGCACUUGUAUUGAACUCGAUCGGCAUUACGAACCCUACAGACCAGUCCCUCAUCAAUGGACUCCUGCAGAUGUUUAACUUUGGGGUCUCUGUAUUCCUCGGUGCUCUCAUGGUCGAUCGCAUCGGCCGCAGAGUGCUCUUCCUGUGGUCAGCUGCCGGAAUGGGCUUCUCUUAUAUCGCAUGGACGGCUCUUAACGGGACAUUUCUCCAUUCCCACAAACAGGCAAUCGGUAUCGCCGUCGUCCCUAUGAUCUUCGUCUACUACUUCCACUACGACAUUGCCUUCACCCCACUGUUGUACAGUUACCCGACGGAAAUCUUUCCAUACCACAUGCGCAGCUGGGGUCUCUGUCUGACUCUAUUCUCGAGUUACCUGGCGCUCAUCUUCAACCUCUUCGUCAAUCCUAUUGCAAUGCAAGCAAUCUCUUGGAAAUACUAUAUUCUUUACUGCUGUGUAAAUUUCGUCAUCUUCGGCGUCAUCUAUUUUCUGUACCCAGAGACGAAGGCUCACUCAUUGGAAGAGAUUGCAGAGGUAUUUGAAGGAUCGAAGGGUGUAGCUCAGAUGGUGCUCACUGCAAACGAAGGAGAUGCCAAAGAUGCUGAACAUGUGGAGACGAGGAACCUGGAGAAGUCGUCUUGUUAAAAACAAUUUCUGCCAAACCACGGUAUCAUGCACGACGCGAAUCCAGGGGGAAGCUUUAUUGUAAUUG